UGUACAUGUAUUUCUGGGGGAACAACCAGUAAAACAAGGAUACCUCAAAAGAAAUGAUGUGAAAAGAAUGGAGAGACGAAGGGAGAGAGGGGGGACAGGCUCGUGAAAAACAGCACCUCCUUUCUGUGCGCGCGGCGGCUCGGUUCCCCCCCGGCUCUCCUGGUGGCCCGUGGCCAUGGCGGCGUGGCCUGCCCUCUCUCUCCUGCUGGUCCUGAGCGAGUGGGUGGGGCCGGUGGGCCCCUCCCCUCACCUGCUGCUGCGGCCGCGGGAGCGGGAGCGGGAGCGCGACGUGGCCGCCUCCAUGAACUUCAACAUCGCCGUGAUCCACGCCGGCGCCAGCGCCCACGCAGAGGCCAUGGCGUCCGGCGCGGGUGGCCGCGUGCUCUACCCGGGGUUCGGCCGCGUCUACAGCAGCCUGGGGGACAGCGUCGUCACACAGUGGGGCUCAGCCAACGUCAUCUGGCUCCAGGUGAACGACAGCAGCCCCAGGACCCUGCUCUCCCAGCUGUGCGACCUGCUGGCGGCGAGGCCUCUGCAGGGGCUGGUCUACGAGGAGGAGCGGCCGGCGCCCUUGGCCUGGGGGCCCCUGGCCCCGAUGCUGGAGUUCGUCUCGGCCCAGACGGGGCUGCCCAUCGUGGCCGUGGGCGGCGGAGCAGGACUGGGGAGAGUGCCGCAGGAGACGGGCUCCAUAUUCCUGCAAUUCAGUGCCUCAACCGCUCUCCAACUGGAGGUGAUCUUCGAGGUGCUGGAGGAGUACGAUUGGACGGCCUUCUCCUUGGUCGCCACGCGUCACCAUGGCUACCAGGACUUCCUGUCUGUGGUGGAGGGCUUGACGGACGGCUCGUUCAUCGGCUGGGAGAAGAAGAGCGUGGUCAUGCUGAACCUGACCGAGGACCCGGGGGGCGCACGGACACGCCGACUGCUCAAAGAGAACGAAGCCCAGACUUCUCUCCAGCCACCCACCCAACUUCCUCCCUCCAUCCCUCCCUCCCUCCCUCCCCCUCUUUCUCAACCCCACAACCUCUAUUACCAUCUCUUUUCAUACGAUCCCCAGGCAUGCCCUCACACCAACCAGUAA